GCCAGUGUUUUGACCCGGACACAUAUUCCGUGUUCACCUCCUCCUGUGUGGUGUAUUGUACACAAACUGUGGUGUUGUAUGAAGUUUGCCCUGCGGUCUCUUAUCUAAACGUGGCAUGUCACAGGACAGUCAACACGGCAAGUGGACCAUCUCUAGCAGCGAUGAUGACAAUGAUGAGGCUCUUCCUCCCUCUGGGACUAGACAAUCUAAUCCCGACCAACCCGCUGCGUCCAAUCACAGCCCACGUCGGUCUGCCUCUCCCCCUGUCCCAAAACUAGAACCAGCAUCAGCCCCUCUGGAGGUGAAAGCUGAACCAGCCCAACCGUCUGUAUCCUCACUUGCCAUCGGCUCUGAGGCCAGACAAUUGGCUGCGAAGAACCUGUUGAAUCCAGUAAAAUAUGAAACUAGUCCUUCGUUGGCUGGAAAGCGAAAGAAAGAUGUGUCGGAUGGUUCUGGCUGGGCUCUCUCAGAUAGCGAUGAUGAUGGGGACGUGAAGGCGAACAGCGUUAGUAACCUACCAAAGAAGGUCCCUCCAACUCCUAAAGCUAAGAAAGCCAAGGUGGAGGACGAGCGGCCUCCCAGUCCCCACGGCCGCAUCUACUACAUCGACGAGCCAGAGGACUUCUUCGAAUCCAGUAUUCCCUGUCUGAAUGACACCUACAGGUUUUACCUCAACAAGGUCACGGGCCUGGACAGGAAGUACAACAAUGGAGCGCUGCACAUCAGAGACAUUCUCUCCCCUCUAUUUGGGACCUUAAAAGAAUCUGUUCAGUUUAACUACUGCUUUGAUAUUGCCUGGAUGGUAAACCAGUUCCCACCAGAGUUCAGGGAUCUUCCAGUCCUGAUCGUUCAUGGAGAUAAGAGAGAGGCCAAGGCCCGGCUGCUCAAGCAGGCUCAACCUUUUCCGCAUGUGCGAUUCUGCCAGGCCAAGCUGGACAUUGCUUUUGGAACUCACCACACCAAGAUGAUGCUGCUGUGGUAUGAGGAAGGCUUCCGAGUCGUCAUUCUGACCUCCAACCUCAUCAGAGCCGACUGGUACCAAAAAACACAAGGGAUGUGGAUGAGCCCUCUGUUUCCACGGUUACCAAAGGGCAGCAGUGCGAGCGCAGGUGAGUCGCCCACCUUCUUCAAGAGGGACCUGCUGGAAUACCUGGCGUCGUACCGCGUGCCAGAACUAGAGGAGUGGAUCCAACGAAUCAAAGAGCAUGACCUGUCUGAGACCAGGGUGUAUCUGGUUGGCUCAACCCCAGGCAGGUUUGUUGGUGCAGACAUGGAGCGCUGGGGCCACCUGAGGCUGCGGAAGCUGUUGCAUGACCACGCAGAACCAAUUCCCGGGGAGGAACGGUGGCCUGUGAUUGGCCAGUUCUCCAGCAUUGGCUCCAUGGGACUGGAUAAGACCAAAUGGUUGGCAGGGGAAUUUCAGCGCACCUUGACCACGCUUGGGAAAUCCUCUCUUCGUUCAGACCCCCCCGUGCACUUGCUGUAUCCAUCAGUGGACGAUGUGAGGACUAGUUUAGAAGGCUAUCCAGCGGGAGGCUCUCUUCCCUACAGCAUCCAAACAGCUCAGAAACAGCUCUGGCUCCACUCGUACUUUCACCGUUGGAAGGCAAACACAACAGGAAGAAGUCAUGCCAUGCCACACAUCAAGACGUACAUGAGGGCGUCACCAGAUUUCACUGAGCUCGCCUGGUUUAUCGUCACAAGUUCCAACCUGUCCAAAGCAGCGUGGGGUGCACUGGAGAAGAACAACACUCAGGUGAUGGUCCGGUCGUACGAGCUGGGAGUCCUCUAUGUGCCCUCCGCCUUUGGCAUGAAGACAUUCCCUGUUCUCAAGGAUCCGUUUCCUGUCUCCUCGUCGUCCUCUGGUUUCCCUGUGCCCUUUGACCUCCCCCCUGUAUGCUACUCUCCUAAAGAUCAGCCUUGGAUCUGGAACAUUCCGUACAACCAGGCUCCCGACACACAUGGCAACAUCUGGGUUCCCUCCUGAUCUCACACACACACACUUGUCUUACUUUAACACCACUGUUUUUGUAACUGUCAGUAUUGUGUCUAGAUGUUAGUUGUCAGUAACAUUUAUUUUUUUAUAUUUUAUACCGAACUGUAGACACAUGUUUACCAAUAAACAAAAUAAAUCCAACACUG